AUGUACUACCUGAGUGGAUAGAUAAAGCUAGGAUAUCUGUUAAACAGUGAAGUAGUUGACAGGUUAACGUAGUAGUAAUUAAUAAGAGAUGAGAUUGAUACAGAUUUUACAGAGGGCUUAGUAGAGUACUGCACUACUCUACUACUACUACUGCAUCAGAUUCUCAAAAAGUUCCUCUAGAUGGCUAAACAUACCCACCACUUCAUGAGGGAUGAUAUCUAAAUUCGAAAUUACUUUCUACUCAAUACUGGGAAGGAUAAUGUAAGAGAUUCCCUUAACCACCAUUUCAAAGGAAAGAACUACAAAUGGAUGGGUGGUAUGCUGACAUAAGACAAAUUUAUCUUGAAUCCUCGUAUAUCUAGAAGCACAGUUGUCAACAAAGUAUCAAAUCUAACUUUGUUUUUAGCAAAUAUCUGUCAACAAUAUGUUUGA